AUACGCUAUUGAACUGGAGGAUAUUCGCGCUCAUUUCACAUAACUGCUCUCACAUUUUAGGGUUUUCUCGCUGAUUUCCCCUUUUCGUUGUUCUUGCAUUCUGGUAGUGUAAUCGGAGUUCUUGUCGGUGUAUCCAUGGCAAUCCGAGCUCCAAGUAGGAGGUACCGAGCUCUUUGCACCUAUCCGUUUAGCCUCGGACGUAGCUUUUGGUUAAAGGCUAAACUGGGAGGAAUGCAACAUCGAGUGAAGAGACAGAGACCCACAAUCUCGAAGUCGAAGGAAGCGGAUGGAUCUCAAAACCCUAACCCUACACAUGGUCAGACUGAUGAACAAUCCAAGGUUUUGAAUGGUGCUGCAGAAGGAACUACUUCGCGUUCCAUAUAUGUACACGUUGUUGGUGCAGAAAUCGUUGACGAAACAGAGGGUGAUACAAAUCUUUCAGGAUAUGAUGAUGUUGAUGAAAGUAUUCACAACGUGACGACAAUCAGUCUAGAAUAUCAGCUUGUGAAAAACGUACUGAUACUUCUAAAAACCAACCUUUUACAUUCCGCACUAAAUGCACGUAUUUUAGGUGAAGCAGGUCAAGAGCAUGUGUUGAGGGUUAUCACCGGAUCUUCAAAAUCUAAAAAGGCGAUUGUUGAGUACUUAGAGACAGAAAACAUUGCAUGGAGCGAAGAGAAUGACAAAACAAUCCUGCGGAUUAAAAUUAAUGGUGACAAAAAGUUUGAGGUGAUGAGAAUCAGUCUACGUGGACUGCAUGUGGAACAUGCAAUGGAGGUUCUGCAACCUUUCGUGUCAUUAGCUGCAUUUGGUGGAGUUCUGGGGGAAUUGAAAGUUGUGACUGGAUCUGAGAGGAGUUCAAGCAUUCAACAGACGGUUAUUGAGUAUUUGGAGAGAGGGAAUAUGGAAUGGAAAGAAGAAAACAAAGCAACUUUGGUAAUCAAGUUUCCCCCCAAUGACAUGCUGACUCGCAUCUUCCAAAUGAUUUGAAGAUUGUGUUCAAAAAUCAAUUUGUGUAUAUGAAUAUGAUGCGUUUUUUGAAACUCACAAAAUCUUUUCUUUGUAUAUUCUACCAUGCAUUUUGUGCAUAUUUCUGAAGCUGCUAUGCUAUGCUAUGGUUUAGGUUUCUUACUUUAAUACUUUUGUCUUCAUUUUCUUUGUAUAUCGAGUAUGUUAAGAGUUUUGGUACUUGUGG